CUUCCUUCCUUCCUUCCUUCCUUCUUUGUGCAGACACUGAGGUGCAGCAGGCAUGAGCUCGACGCCUCGGCGGGACCCCCACCGCAGCAAUGCCGCAGUUUCAGCGUCGGCAUCUCGCUCUGCUUCCACCAAGGCAACAUCGCGACCUUCCACGUUCCCAGCCUCACCAACCGUCACGACAACGACGCCGAGCCCCACAGCCACACAGGCAACAACGACCCGGGCCACAAGCCAGGACCAGAGUGCUCGCACGUCCCGCACAGCAACCUCACACGCUGCUCAUCGCAUGGCGUCGAAGGAGCCGGCGGUGGGAAACCCAAACUCUGGCACCGUGAAGCGCGAGCGCCAGCGGCGGAUGAAAGAGAUUAUGGACCAGCGCAACGCCAUCGCGGCCAAGCUAGCAGAGGCACAGCGCGUUGCCCAGCAGCGCAAGCAGCUGCUCCUCCAACAAUUUGGAUCGCUCGGGCCUGGGGGACCCUCUCCUCGGAGUGCGCGCAGGCGAAAUGUGGGUGAUGUUGGUUCGGAUAUGGGCGAUGGCGAUGACACGUGGCAAGGGGCGGGACCGAUGCCCUUUGAUGCCAUGUCGACGUCGUCUCGACCGCAGGACAACGCAGGGCCGCAGUGGUCGACCCCAUAUCCACACAAGGCAUCGGCAAGGCGCAGACACAGGCACAUGCAACAGCAGCGAGAGCAACUUGAGCAGUUGCGUGACGACGGAGACAGCUUGCAGCGACGCAAUAUGGAGCUGGGUCGCGAUCAUGCACGACCAGACUCUGCAGACACAAUCAUCCCCGAGCGAUUUCUUGGCACCAUCGAGCCUGAAGACGCGGACACGACGUUGCAGGAUGUGCGUGCGUGGAGAGAGAAUUACAUUCACGAGGGCGGGAUGAACCCAGCAACGCUGCAAUCGUUGCAUGAGGUGGAGCGGAGGUGCACUGACGCAGCGAAACGACCGAACACGCAUGAUGACACGCGCGAUCACAAUGCACACGCACCAACAGCAACAGCAGCAGCACAUGCAACCAACACCCGUGCAAGCAAUGCAACACAGUUUGCGGCAACACAGCCAGAGCCAAACACGACCACGGCAAUGACGACCAGCGACCUGGCAGUGAUGUUGCAGCAAUUGCGCAAUCAGGAUGCGGCCAACGCGACGACGUCGCCAGAGAUGAUCCGUCUGCUCAUCCAGCAGGAGCUGGCACGGACGCAUGUGACACCAGUCAAUGAUUCUGCCGUCGGUGAAGAAGCAACAGAGGAAGAGCGCAUGGAGGCGCGCCGCCUGCGUCAGCUGCACCAGCAGGCCGAAAUCUUGAAGAAGGAAGCCGAGUUGAAACGCCUUCAGCGAGAAUUGGAUGCGUUUGAACAACCCCAACCAAGCGAAGGACAAGCGCCGCCACUCACGCCACCGGAACAGGCAACUGACGUUCUAAAUCCUGGACCGUACGACCGCGAGUCCGGGUUUGUCAUAUAUUUUGACUUUGCCUGCAGGCUUCCGUCGUGGCUGCGUCGCUGCUCCCUCAGCUACCAGCUCUACGCAGGCGGCAAGCCGCAGUCACGUGUGCAGACGUGUCUGCCGGUGAACGCGGAGCCAAUGGAGAUGACAACAUCCUCAUCUUCACCACUCAUGCAGUGCAUCUUCCACAAGGCGUUUUUCGCCAUCCGUCAGUGCCCGCCAUUGCCCACGCUCCACCUCAUCAUCGAACUCAGAAACAGAACAGCAACCUCAGACGAGGGCACGCUGGCUGCGUGGUGCAAGCUGUACUUCUUCUCGCAGAAGCAGCUGGUGAGUGGGCGGUGGCGCUUACGGCUCCUCCAGCCACCAAAAGAUGAGUCAUGUUUCUCCACGGACACACUCGUCGCCCCUUCCUUUCAUGGCGCCGAUCUCUGCGUUCGUCUUGUUGACGGGCGUGCGCAGUCACAACACGAUGCACUUGAUGUUGAACCAAAGCGACACCUCUACCUUCCCAAUGGUGUUGUUGGACAAGACGUGGUUUAUCUGCUGCAGCUCAAGGCAAAGCAGACGGAGGACAAACUGAAGCGCCAACAGCUCAUGUUUGAGCGACAGAAGAAAGAACAGGAAGAAGAGCAGAAGAAGUUGCUGGCACAAAUGUCCAAGAAAGCGUCCGUCAAGUCUGGACUAAAUGGAACAGUGGACAAAAGUUCCAAAAGCACGCGCGCAGCCACUGCAUACAACAGUACGAACGACAGCGGCGAAACCCCCGCGCCUCUCAAUCUUUCGGAUCUCAGCGGCUUGUCCGUGGCAUCGGCAUUUCAUCUCCUCAGCGACAAGAACGCGCUCCCGCUCGCCAUCAACAUCACGGCAGUGCUUGGAUUUCUCCAAAACGCAGAAGAAAAGCUGGCGGCGCGCAAUGCACUGCCGACAUGGGCGUGUGUCCGUUUGUCGCUGGUUCUUCCGUCAAACACAAACAUGGCUGCGCUCACGCUGUCGCAGACAAUGUCCGAGCUCUUUUACAUCAGCGCGGACUCCCAUUUCACUGCGGACGACAGUCGGAAUCUCACCGUGCACCAACGUCUGAUAUUGCAGGAUAUUGAGCUGAACGAAACCGCUGACAUCAACAUCAUGGUGGAGGUCUUGGCUGUGACGGCACGCGAGGAUGCAAACACGACCGGGGGCGAGAACCAGCUCUCGUCCCAGUGGAAAUCAAUGCUGCAGGAAGAACUUCCACAGCCGACAGCGGAUGAUGUUGAAGCUGCACUGCGCGUGCUGUGGGGCGUCACGCCGCUCGCUUCCAUCCCACUUCUCGAGACGUCCAUUGCGACGAUUUCGCUGUCGCCGUGCGAGGAUGAUGAUGAAGACAAGGAUGAGGGCGGGCUGGAGAGCCGGCGUGGAAGCAAGAAGCGAUCGCAUCGGCCAACGGUGACAGGACAACACGAUGACGACAACGAAGACAACAACGCGACGCGAAUCACUGCAGAGAUUCGGCUCGAUGUUGUUGACGAUGACGGGAAAUUUGCGAAUGACAGUGGUUCACGUGCACACACACACACGCUCGCAUCAACAGCAGGCGGCGCUUACACAAGCGGCGUUGUGAACUCCAGUCGGCAGCAGCGCACGAGAGGACGGAGUGAGCAGACGAGAGGGAGUGAUGGCGAUGGUGGUGGUACUGGGACUGGUGGUGGUGUUGGUAUCGGUGGUGCACUGACACCCGGCCGUGAUCAGACAGGACUUCAGCUGGACCAGGCCCUCAAGCUCAUUCCUGAUGGCGUGUUCAUCUACAAGGAGCGCACACCACCAGCAGAAGUGUUCCAGAGCACGAGUGGCUUUGACCUCUACAUUGACGGUGCCCGGUUUCUUCCGUCAAACGCCACAAUCACGAAGGUUGUGGGGCGCAUUUUCAACGUUGGCAAACAAGUGCAGAAGAAAGACAUCACCACAAGUCUUGAUCUUGAUUCCGACGUCUUCAAUCCAACCUACAACUUUCGACUGGAGUUCCGCGAGCCAAUCUUUACUCCGACGUCCACCCUCGUUGUCCAGGUGUACACAAUCGACCGCUUCUCAAAUGAGCUUGUCAUAAUUGGCUAUGCAGCCAUCAACCUGUUUUGCUUGCACGGAACGAAUGAGGCCCCAGAUUCUGACACGCUCGGACAAGCGGUCGCACUCAACGAGGGUGGACACCAAAUCCGCCUGCACAGUCAACCGUUUGCUGGGUCAGACCGUCCACAUGUGUCUGUGCUCGCCGAGAAGCCGGUUGUGCCGUGUGCGUCCCUGCUGGUGCGACUGCUGCCGGCGCUCAAAGAUGACGAUGGCAACGCCCUGUCUAUGGCCGACAUCCCAAAGGCAGAGUGGCAAUCGAGUGGGCUUGUCGUUCCGGCGCCAUUGUAUCGCUCUGCCGCGUACGCCUCUGUCGCAUGUGCGCCCGUACACGGCGAGCCGCACAUCUACCAGCAGCUCGUGCAGCGAGAGGUGGAGAGCGUGCGUAAUGUGUGCGCUGUCAUUGCUGACGAGAAGCAGAAAAAGACCCUCUCCACCGACAAGCGACGCCACCACUUCAUUCGCAAUCGCUUAACCCGCUCGACAGGAAAAGCGGCCCAGUUCAUGGACUUGAGUUUCAUCGUGCCAGUGAUGGCUGUGCAUGGCUUGCAUCUCUUCAUCGAACGAGCCGUCAACCUGCCAAAGUCAAAGCCUGCCGUUGCUGUUGCGUCGCUGUGUCCUCCGGCCUCGCUAUUCUUCAACGAUUCCGUCGACCCGGAUGACCGCUCCAUUCAGUGGACACAAGGAUGGAGUGUCGACGAGCCCAUGUGCGCUCUUCGCAGCCCAAUCUGGACCGAUGUCCCACUCACAUUCAAGGACAAAGUCGAAGCGAAAUCGAUGUUUGUGAUCGAAGUGUUUGCUAUCGACUACAAGGGCGCGUCAGCUAUCCCUCAGGCCCACACAUACUUCUCGUGCGUCAAGGCAGGCCAAUUUGUUGCUUGUGGCGGGUUUAGGCUACCGCUCUUUCUGGGCAAAGCCAACGUGGACGUGCUUGCAAGCAUGAUGGAGAUCGACUCUCCACAGGAGUUUGAGGGUAUCCUUGACCAGGCUGUGAAGAAGAAGCAGCUGAAAGUGGUGGAGGGCGGAUACGUUGUUGUGCACUCGGCGGACGCGCGAAUAAGUCUGGAUCUUGCGUGCCAGCACGAGCUUGUUGACGCAUACCCUCGUUUUAUCGACAAGAAAUCAAAGACCAUCACCAAGUCCAAGCCCAUCCCUUCAGUGCUCAAGAGCAAACAGACAAUGGACGACCUUGAAGCGAAAGUGGAAACCAUCAUGGCGCACACCAUCUUUGCUGGCAACGAUAGCGAAGCCUAAGUGGUUGAUCCAGUGUGUGUGUGUGUGUGUGUGUGU